UCACCCCACUCUCUCGUAGACCGUACCGAACUUACACGGUAGUUGUCACUUGUCAGUUUAUCGUUAUAUUAGUUUGUGGUUUCUGUUUUGUGAGGUGACGUUUUGUGUUUACAAACGGACGAUAUAUUUUACAAGUCCCCAAAACUAUGAGCAUCGCAACAUAAAGUACCAGGAUGUCAGAUAAGACAGAAGUUCGUUUCGAAGAAGCGGAGAAACGCAAGGGGCUUAUUCUAAUACUGAUCACUGUCGUGUGCUGCGCCAUAUCCUGGGCUGUUCGGUUGUAUCCACUCGUACUGAGUCUGGUCGCAAUAUUGACAAUAUAUUUACUGAGUGGUGACCGAUACCAAUGGAUUUAUAUAUGGAGGAAGACACUUUAUCGGGAUCUGUUAGGUCUGCGGGUGCUGUUAGCCACAAUGUUCAGGAUCUGGCUAUGGGAGAAAUGCGGCACCACGGUGGUGAGCCGCUGGGAGAAGGUAGCCCAGAUGUCGCCAAAUAAGAACGCAUUUGUCAUGGACGAUCGGGCCAUUACGUUUCGUGAGGGUAACGAGCUAAGUAACCGCAUAGCCUGGUACUUCAAACGGCAGGGUUUCAAGCGAGGUGAGGUGAUAGCUCUGUUCAUGGAGACCCAACCGGAGUACGUGUUCCUCUGGUUAGGGCUCGCGAAGCUAAGAGUGACCACCGCACUGGUGAAUACAAACUUGAGGGGCGCUCAGUUGAUAUAUUGUCUGAGAAUAGCUGGUUGCAAGGCGGUUGUAUUUGGGGAUGAAAUGGCAGAAGCAAUAAAAUCGAUCCAGCACGAAAUACCAGACAUUCCACUUUUUCAAUUCAAUGCACCGGACAGGGAAACAGCGCCAAUAGUCCAAGAUACCACACCACUGUCUUCAGAACUCACGGAAAUGUCUACUGAGACUUAUGUGGAUCCUGAACCAGCGAAGCCUCGAGAUACUUUGCUGUAUAUUUAUACAAGUGGGACUACUGGAUUCCCCAAAGCAGCUAUCAUCACGAAUAUAAGAUACCUGCUCAUCCCACUAGGCGUACAUAAUUCCGCGUGGCUGUCAUCAUCAGAUGUGAUAUAUGACCCACUACCGUUGCACCACACGGCCGGCGGUGUGCUCGGCGCCGGCCAGUGCAUUGUACUGGGUUGUACAGUCGCUUUGAGAAAGAAAUUCUCAGCCAGCAACUAUUGGAGGGAUAUCGUGAAGCAUAAGUGUACGGCUGCCCAAUAUAUAGGCGAAAUCUGCAGGUAUCUGUUAGCAGUACCACCAGGACCUGAUGAUAAGGCGCAUAAGGUUAGGGUUAUCUUCGGAAACGGUCUUCGCCCUCAAAUAUGGGAGGAGUUCGUCAAGAGAUUCAAUAUCGAGAGGGUUCUAGAAUUUUAUGGAGCCACGGAGGGAAAUAGCAACCUAGUGAAUUUGGACUGCAAAGUAGGCGCCAUUGGUUUCCUGAGCCGCAUGGUGUCUUCGAUAUACCCCCUCACACUAGUCAAAUGCGAUGAAAUAACGGGCGAAAUUCUAAGAGAUGCGAAUGGGAGAUGCAUCACAUGCGGCCCGCACGAACCUGGUCUGCUAUUGGGCAAGAUCGACCCCAAAAAGGCGAUUCUCACGUUCGCGGGAUACGCAGAUAAAACGGCAUCUGAAAAGAAAAUGGUCCGCAACGUGAGAACGCCAGGGGACUGUUACUUUAACACAGGGGACAUAUUGGUCAUGGACCAUUAUGGUUACUUCUAUUUCAAGGAUCGGACCGGUGAUACGUUUCGAUGGCGCGGGGAAAAUGUGUCCACUGCAGAGGUGGAAGGUGUAAUCAGUAACUUGGUCGGUUUGAAAGAUGCAGUUGUGUAUGGAGUCGCUAUACCAAACGUAGAAGGCCGAGCUGGUAUGGCGGCCAUCGCUGAUCCAGAAAGAAAAAUAGACCUUGACUCGUUGGCAACAGGGCUGAAAACGUCUCUUCCAGUGUACGCUAGACCAUUAUUCAUUAGAAUCCUUCCUGAACCGCCACUAACAGCCACUUUUAAACUAAAGAAGAAGGAAUUAGUCGAACAGGGGUUCAAUAGAAAUAUCCACAAUGAUCCCUUGUAUUUUUUGGAUCAGAAAACCGCAAAGUAUGUGCCGCUAACACAAAAAUUAUAUGACGAUAUAGUCCAAGGGAAUAUUAGACUGUGAUAUCUUAUUAUAUUAUAUACAUAUUAUUAUAUCUGAGAUUUGUAGAUUUAAAGUGAAAUAAAAUAAUUGGAAUAAUGCGAAUUUAAAAAUUUCUGAAGUCGCAACCUAUUUAAAUGAGCAUUCCUAUAAAUUAAGAAAAUACGUAUAAAAGCGUUAGAUAAAAAUAUUGUUAUAGUGAAAUUUGUUAAAUCUGUCAGGGGACUGACAUAUUGUGGGUCAGAAUUAGGGAGAUAGCAAGAGGCGUUUUGAUAGCUCUGUCCUGGUCGCUCAAGUCCUGACUCCUAUUUAUAUUUUUUGUUAAAAGAACUCUAUCCAUCUCUUCUUUGUUAUAAGUAAUAUUAUUAGAUAAUAAUAA